GGUUCAGUUUUAGCUUUGCACAGUGCCGAUCUAUACCUAGCCUAACCUACAGUGUGCAAGCUGCAAUGAAAUGGCUGCUGCAUUGUUGCAAAGUUUUGGGAGCCAACAACUACAGCUUUCAAGAUGCUUGUCGACAAGUACCAGCUGGCUCAUGAAGAGGCCCGUGUUUGAGGGACCUGCGUACCCAAAGAGACCAGCGGGCCCUUACCUCUUGUUUGUGAAGGAGACACUCCCCAGUAUCCCCAGCAGCAGUGAAACUGACCACACUGAGAGCAUCAAGAACACUGAUAUCUUCAAGCAGGUUGGAGUCAAAUGGCAUGCACUGACUGCAGCAGAGAAGCAGAUUUAUGGCAAUCGUUCAUCAGAGUUGAGGAAACUGCACAAGAAUGAAGUGACGCGAUUCAUGGACAGUCUUGGAGACAAAGAAGCACAGGAAAAGUACCUACAGGACCUCACUGAAUAUCGCCGUAAGAGGAGAGACUAUGUAAAGCACUUUCGUCUCAAGAAAAUGGAGCUUGUCAAACCUGGAUCCAUAUCCGGUUACAAUGUCUUCAUGAAAGAGUUUAGGAAUGACUUCAUACAAGGAAACAAUCCGGAGUCCUUGAAGGAGGGUUUGAAGGCACUGUGUGAGAAAUGGAAGGAACUCAGUGAUGAGGAGAAAGCAUCGUAUAAUGUAAAGGGAAAAGACAUGCACACUGAGAGGCUGAUUGAGUAUGAAAAGAAGUACAAGCAAGCUAUUGAGGAGGGGAUUGUCAAACCACCCAAAGAGAAGAAGGAACCUGCCAAAAAGAAGAAGAAAGUCAGUAAAAAAGCAACAACAAAAGAAGCCAAAGUUAGCACAAAAACAUCUUUGGAACAAACAGCCUAAAAAUGGUGCAAUCAAAUUGUUUGUGUUAAGAGUUUCUUUGAUUUUAGAAUCGUCAAUCAUUUCACUAUUAUUCUAUCCACCCUUUGAUUAUUUUUUUGUCUAUUAUUGAGAAGGUUUGAAAGUACAAUUAAAUAUCUACAAUA